AUGUCGUCUGCUGUGAUAAACAAGGAGGAAAGGAUCCACAUCCAUGUAGCUGGUCGCUGUUUGCAGCGGGGGCCAGCUUUUUCCCCAUGUAUUCCUCUCCCUGGAAUCCCGUUUGCUGAUUUUAUUACAGGUCUUGCCGCCGAGAUGGGUCCUGAGGAAGGCAGUGAUUUUAUAGCAGGAGGGAUGGGUACCGAGGGAUGUGGUGCUUUUGUAGAAGAGGAGCAGAAGUACGUCCUGCGUACAGAAAAUGGCUUGGGAAAAGGCAGGGAGGCGUUGGGAAGAGACCUCAUGGAAGGAGAGCUUUAUUCAGCUCUCAAGGAAGAAGAGGCUUCUGAAUCGGUUUCCAGUACAAACUUCAGUGGUGAAAUGCACUUCUAUGAGCUUGUAGAAGACACAAAAGAUGGGAUCUGGCUGGUUCAGGUCAUAGCAAAUGACAGAAGCCCACUGGUGGGUAAAGUCCACUGGGAGAAAAUGGUGAAGAAAGUAUCAAGAUUCGGCAUACGCACCGGCACUUUCAACUGUUCCAGUGACCCCAGGUACUGCAGGAGAAGGGGUUGGCUGAAAUCCACCCUCAUCAUGUCGGUGCCACAAACCAGUACCUCCAAGGGGAAAGUGAUGCUGAAGGAAUACAACGGGCGCAGGAUCGAGGUGGAGCACAUCUUCAAAUGGAUCACAGCCCACGCUGCUUCUCGGAUCAAAACCAUUUACAACUGGGAGCAUUUAAAAGAAGAAUGGAACAAAAGCGACCAGUACCGUGUGAAAAUAUACCUGUUUGCCAACCUGGACCAGCCCCCGGCGUUCUUCUCUGCACUCAGUGUAAAGUUUACUGGAAGAGUAGAGUUUAUUUUUGUGAACGUGGAAAACUGGGACAAUAAAAGUUCCAUGGCAGAAAUUGGUGUCUAUAAGACACCAUCCUACAUCCUUAGGACUCCCGAAGGGAUUUACAGGUAUGGCAAUAACACCGGUGAAUUCAUAUCACUACGUGCCAUGGAUUCCUUUUUGCGCUCGUUACAACCAGAAGUUAAUGAUUUGUUUGUUUUAAGCUUGGUUUUGGUUAAUCUGAUGGCUUGGAUGGACCUGUUUAUUACACAGGGAGCUACUAUAAAGCGUUUUGUGGUUCUUAUAAGCACUUUAGGGACGUAUAAUUCAUUAUUGAUUAUUUCCUGGCUGCCCGUGUUAGGUUUUCUGCAACUCCCCUACUUAGACAGCUUUUAUGAGUACAGCUUAAAACUCUUCAGGUACUCCAACACAACUACUUUGGCUUCUUGGGUAAGAGCAGAUUGGAUGUUCUACUCGUCGCAUCCAGCCCUCUUCCUCAGCACGUACCUUGGUCAUGGUUUACUAAUCGAUUACUUUGAGAAGAAAAGAAGACGCAGUAACAACACGGAUGAAGUAAACGCUAAUAAUCUGGAGUGGCUGUCGAGCCUGUGGGACUGGUACACCAGCUACUUGUUUCAUCCCAUUGCUUCUUUUCAACACUUUCCCUUUGAUUCGGAUUGGGAUGAAGACCCGGAUUUGUUCCUGGAGCGGUUGGCCUUCCCCGACCUCUGGCUUCACCCUCUGAUACCAACCGAUUACAUAAAGAACUUACCAAUGUGGAGGUUUAAAUGCCUCGGGGUCCAUUCCGACGAGGAAACCUUCCAAGACAGCGAAAGUGACUCUGACAGUGAAAACAAAGAGGUCUUCAGUAGUGAAAAGGAAGUCUCGGAGGACGAGGAGGUAAACACGUUCCACAGGGAGGGAGAGCCUGACGUGGAGCCCUGUUUGUGUGCCAAUAAGUAUUGUCACCACGAGCCAUACGAUGGGAAAGCGAGGUCCUACGGCUCGUCCAGCACCGCGGGUGACACGGAGCCGGACUGGUCAGCCUGGCCCACCGAGAUGUUGCACUGUACAGAAUGCGUGGUGUGUCUGGAAAAUUUUGCAGAUGGGUGUUUGCUGAUGGGCCUGCCCUGCGGCCACGUGUUCCACCAGAAUUGCUUCGUGUGUUGCCGGGGGGGGGCCAGACCCUGCUGCCCCGUCUGCAGGUGGGCUUCCUACAAAACCAAGCAGCCAUACACACACCCGCCGCCUUUGGCGAGCGACACCCCAUCUUAG